ACGCUCCCCCUUCUCUCGGCUCCAGCCGGCGCAGGCAGCUGCCGCGGCAGCAAGCGAGCGGUGGCCCCGCGAGGCCAUGAAGGUGAAAAAGGGCGGCGGUGGGGCUGGGACGGGGGCGGAGCCCGCUUCUGGGGCCCCUGGCCCGAGCGUGGAGCCCAAGCCCGAGCCGCAGCUGCAGGCGGAAUCCGAGUCCGGGUCCGAGUCAGAGCCGGAGGCUGGCCCGGGGCCCAGGCCGGGGCCGCUGCAGAGGAAGCAGCGGAUCGGGCCAGAGGACGUGCUGGGGCUGCAGCGGAUCACGGGCGAUUACCUAUGCUCUCCCGAGGAGAAUAUCUACAAGAUUGACUUCAUCAGAUUCAAGAUUCGAGACAUGGACUCAGGCACUGUUCUCUUUGAAAUCAAGAAGCCCCCAGCCUCAGAGCGGUUACCCAUCAACCGGCGGGACUUGGACCCCAAUGCUGGGCGCUUUGUCCGCUACCAGUUCACACCUGCCUUCCUCCGCCUGAGGCAGGUGGGAGCCACGGUGGAGUUCACAGUGGGAGACAAGCCUGUCAACAACUUCCGCAUGAUUGAGAGGCACUACUUUCGCAACCAGCUCCUCAAAAGUUUUGACUUCCACUUUGGUUUCUGCAUCCCCAGCAGCAAGAACACCUGCGAGCACAUCUACGACUUCCCCCCUCUCUCUGAGGAGCUGAUCAAUGAGAUGAUCCGUCACCCAUAUGAAACACAGUCUGACAGCUUCUACUUCGUGGAUGACCGGCUGGUGAUGCACAACAAAGCAGACUAUUCCUACAGUGGAACACCCUGACUCCCAAAACAGUCCCCUACCCCAGGAGGGUCCCGGACCUUCAGCUGUGACCUUCCCAACACUCCCCUCUCAACCCAAGGUCUUCUGCCUGGGCAGUGUUCUGAGAGCCCUGGACCCUGAGCCAGCGAUGGGAGGGAGGGUACCUGAUGUCCCCAGCCCAAGUCUCCAAAGCCCAUUGGCCCUGGCACAUGGGGUGGGGUGGUAGGAGGGCUGUCUACCUCCAUGUCCAGGAGGCCUCCUGUGAGAGGUGUAGCCAGGACUUCUGGACAGCCUACCUGGGCCUCUGGGGCCGAAGUUAAAGAAUAGUGUUCCCCUAUCCAGGCUUUGACUAGAUCAGGGCAGGCACCCAUUCCCUGCCCCUGCCCACCGCUGACAGGCCAUUUAGAGUUGUAAAUUCACAGAUCAAAAUCCAUCGGGGGAGGGGGUCUGGCUGCCAAGCUUCCCAAGGGGUUUGGGGCCCUGGCCCCAGCCCUAGCCCCAGCCUUUACCAUCAGGGGCUGAGCUACUGCUUGACAUGUGGGAGGGACCGGCCCAGAUUGCAGCCUGUGGUAGGGACGGACCAACUGUAUAUAGUUUUCAAUAAACUCUCUCCUUUUCUGUUC